ACUCUCAUAUUUUACACUGUGACGCACGUGAGUCGAGCACUGCACAUUGGAUGUACCUGCUAAAGAAACACCUUUCAAGGCGCCCAGGGCGGAAAAUGGGACUCCUCAGUUCCCAACUUUUAAUCUAACAGGAGUAUUGUUGAUUGUUGCAGAGUCUGGAUUGUUGACAUGGCAGUAGACGCGGCCUCCAGUUUUACUUUCUGUCGUCCUGCGGUGGAGUACAGGGCUCUUCCAGAGGACUUUAAGUACCAGCUGAGUCGUUGUGCAGGUGGAAACCUUACCUGGCAUGAGGGGCACAGCCGCAGAACAGCCGGUGGCCGAACAGUCAAACUACUCCAGCAACCUGGAACCGAAGGACUGCAGUUACGUUCAGGUGAAUCUUACUCUGUUUACCACACCAGCCCCACCUUGCCGUGUCUCUCCAGGCCAGUGGUUCUGUGGUCUCAGCAGGAUGUGUGCAGAUGGUUGAAGAAGCACUGUCCACACAACUACUUGACCUAUGUUGAAGUCUUCUCCCACCACGCCAUUACAGGUCGUGCUCUCGUGAGAUUGAAUGGCGAGAAGUUAGAGCGGAUGGGUUUGGUUCAGGAGACUCUGAGACAAGAGCUUCUCCAGCAGGUUCUACAACUACAAGUACAAGAGGAAGGGCGCAACUUACAGCUGCUAAGCAGAGGGCUAUCCGGAAACCUGUCAUAGCUUCAACCAUGCGUAGGGCAGUUCUACCAGACUGGCUGCAUUCUGAAGGGACAUCAGUGUGUUUGGUCAGGCUGAGGCCAGAGACAUUUGACUGAAGCUGUCAUGGACUGGGACACGGGGACAGGUUUCAGUUAUACAGCUCAACCCCCACAUUCUCGCUACGCUUAUAGAAAACUCAUAUCAAAUGAGAUCUACACAAGGAGCUUUCAUGUGCACCCAUGAUUUAUCAACCCCAAAUCUGCUUCGAAAUGCAAACAAAAUGCAGAGGAAUCUUGAAUCUUUAUAUCUGAUAAAGGCGGACUUAGCUGGCUGUACCAAAGUUCCCUGGAUUUUGUAAAAACUCAGUUCCACUUUAAAGUCUACAAGACCUUCUACAAUGAUGUCUGGUAAUACUGUCAGAAAUUGCUAUAUUAAAAGCUAUAUUAUGAGCUUUCACCCACAGAAACAAGCUUGCUAGCUAUUUUCUGCUGGAAUGUGACUUUGCCAGACGUGCCCUCAAAUGUGCCGGUCAAGAUUGUGGUUCUACGUAAGCAAAAUGUGUCCAGUUCCUACAGGUGUUUCAGGACUCAUUUCACAUUAGAUAUGAACCUAAAUGAUUCAAACCUGCAUUUGUACUGUGAAUCCAACUGGACGGCCUGUUUUAGUUUUGUGACAGCUUAGCUGUUUUUUAACUUAAGAUGUUUUUGUUUCUGGGAACAAAAAGAUCAAAUGUGUCCAAACUA